UGACUCACCAUUGACCCCUUCUUGUCCCCUGAGCUAACAUCAGUAAUAAGUCUGGGCUAGCCGGAAUUGAAGACAGAAAACAGCGCUUCUCACGUUGGCGUCUCAUUUCUUCCUUUCCUGGAAAUGGAGCAAGGAAAAGGACCAUGAUGCUAGACGCCAAGUAGUUUCAGUUUUGGCUGAGGUGGAAAGCAGCUCACAAAAUCUCUCUUUGAAACAAAGCUCAGCCCUUAGGGAGGAGGAGACUUCUACCCCACCCCACAUGCACACAGCCAUCCCCAGAUAGGACAAGGCUGCCAAGGAGAGAGGAGAGAGCCUAAGUAGCUUCUGUCCCCUCUUCUCUCUUGCCCUUCCUAAGAGCCAUGGCCUCUGCAUUUGAGUGGGCUGCCAAGAAUGUGGUUCGAGAGCUGAGCAAAAAUGGGGAGUUGGUCCCUGUGGACAGCCUCAAGAGCUCCACUCACUUCAAUCCCUACUACCUGGUCCGGAAGAAGGCCAGGAGCUCCUUGUUUUGGAGGUCACAGUAUGUUUGGCUCAAUUUGACUCUCAAGGACAUUCUGGAUCCCAGCUCCCCAGAACCAGAAGUAACCCAGCAUGGACCAUUCCACUUUAAUGAUGAGGUGGAUGGGAUGAUGUCUGGCAGUGUGGAGGUGACCGCUUCUGUGCAGGGGAAGAUUUCAGGACACACCUCAGUGUCAAACAAAACCGUCCUCGAGGUCAAGACUCUCAUUGUGUCCCCUAACACCUGGGACAGCUUACAGAAGGAAAGGACACUGAAGACACCAGAGCCCUAUAUCAUUCAGGAGCUUCGGAAACGGGGAGAGAACCUCUAUGUUGUAACAGAAGCUGUAAAGACCCAGAAAGAGGCUAUUCUGAAGAGAUCCAGAAAUAGGAAAGGCUUUGGGAAGAUCAUCAUUCCUGGAGCCUCAUGUGUCCAGGGUGAGGGUCAGGGGAGCUUGAACACAGUGAAGACAGUGACUGUCCCUGAGGGCAGUAUACUUGCUUUUCAGGUCGCCAAGUUGAUCAUCCAGGACCACUGGAAAGUUCUUCCCUUUCCCGACAAGGACCAGAAAACCUUCUCACCUAAAAAAAUAGUAUCUGGAAUGUACCAGUCAGAUUCCUGUGGAAGAACGAUAGUCAGCACAGUCUUGGACUUUAAUCAACUGCAGGCUGAAGUGAAGAAUGAACAAAACCUGCUGACCAUGCUGGACAGGAAGUUACGACAGUUUCUGCUUCAGCCUCUCCUGGGGCUCCUCCAGAGUGAGCAGGAUCUGCUAGACUUAGAAAACAUGCUAGAACAGAGUUUAUACACUGGGGUACCCCCACAGAAGGCAAAGGGCAUGACAGGUGAUAUCCUGAGUAACCUGCAAGACCAGAAUGGACAACUUGUGGAGGAACUAGCAGGGGCAUUCCUCUAUCUCCUUGGAGCUCUGAAUGCCCUGAGUGACAUCCAACAUCAGCUCCUGAUCCAGUUGCUACAGAAAAAGGAACCGAUCCUGUCCCAGGAGGCAGAACUGGUGAAGGCAAUUCUGAAGGAGAACUUCAAUCAAACCAAGAAGAGGCCUUUCUCCCUUCCUUCAGAGCUGCUGUCCUUUGUCCGGGGCCAGGACGAGGACUCAAUCCUGACAUGUGGCCUGUUGGAAGAGUGUGGGCUGUGGCUCUCAGGAGAUGAACCCCAAUUUACCUGGCACCCCAGUGCUGUGCACUCACUUUGUGCACUGUAUGGGAGUCUGGUGAUGCUGCAGGCUCUCACUGAGGCCUGAUGACCUAGCACCCACUCUCCCCACCCAUUUGAUACCUCCUCCCCCUAUGUCAGUCCCAGGCGCAGUGGAUUAGGGGACAGCCCUAUUUCACAUCACAGGAUCAGGACAUUUGUGCGUUGGGCCUUGCCCUGCUGCUGCACUAAAAAGAAAUCUCCACUGUGAUGUACUAGACCAGUGGUCAUUCAGCCUCUGCUUGAAGACCCCAUUGCAGGGAAACACACUGCCUCUCUUUUUCUUUUCAGGCAAUUGGG